CACCUGCAUCAUCAAGAGAUCCGGCCAUAUCCCUCCCUCUACUAGUACAAAGCUUCCCCACACCAAACCCUAUAUGUCCCUUUAUCAGGAGCUCCCACUAUUCCACGCCUUCUCUUCGACUCUCCCUCCCCGGCCUCACCUGACCACCUCCACCGAUCCAGCGCCGUCCGCCGCCCAUGGCGUCCACCACCAGCGACAGCCUCCCCUCCUCCCCCUCCCUGCCCACCACCGCAGCGCUCGACGGCGCCGCCGACCAGGAGUUCUCCUCCCAGCACCACCACCACCAUCACCAAAGCCUCUUCCUCCCGUCCUCCUCCUCCUCCCCCGCCAGCCUGUACCUCGACUCCUCCUUCCACGGCCUCCUCCCCGCUUCCUCCGCGGCCAUGUCGUCGCCUUCCCCUCCACCGCCGGUGCCGCCGCUCCCGCCCGCCCCGGCGCCCGCCAAGCCGGCCAAGAAGCGCCCCAGGGCCUCCCGCCGCCCGCCCACCACGGUGCUCACCACCGACACCUCCAACUUCCGCGCCAUGGUGCAGGAGUUCACCGGCUUCCCGGCGCCGCCCUUCGCCCCCGCGCCGCCCCCCGCCGUACGCCCGCGCCUCCUCGGCGGCACGCCGUCGUUCCUCAUGCGCCCCUCGCCUCUCAAGUACCCCGUGCUUCUGCCCCCCGGCGCUUGCACCACCACCCUAGCUAACACCACCAUCAACGCGAGCGGUAGCAAUAAUAAUAUUACUGCCGGUACCAGCUCCCUCGUGGACGCGCUCGCGCUGUUCGCCAAGAGCAACGCCAUGCCGAGCGGCGCCGGCGCAGCUACAGCGGCGACGACGUCCGGCGGAUCAUCAGGCGCUGCUGAUCACUACCACGGAAUCGGCAUGGGAGGGUUCAACUUCAACCCGUUCGAUGAUUUCGAUCCACCGGCGGCGGCGGCGGAAGCCGAGAGAGGGGAACCCGGUGGCGGCCAUGGUUUCUUCUCCUCCUUCGCCACCGGAGACAAGUACGGCCGGCUCUAGCAGUACGUAAGCGAUCUCUCCUUCUCUUUUAAAUCGGUGUGCUCAUCGAGAGAGCGAGUUCGAUCUGUGUGGAGAAUGGAGAGAGAAGCAAAGCUAAUUCUUGGCUAGCUUCUACUACUUGGCCACUACAAAUGUUUUGCAUUGGGCAAGCUGCAUAAUUGUGAGUCUUGAUUUCUUGGUUUUGGCAUAUGAUGCGUUGGUUUUGGCAUAUGAUGCGUAUGUACAUAUAUAAAUCUGGGCCUUUUUGACUUGUUCCAAGUUAAUUUUGGAUUUCUGAUGUUGAAAUUUUGUUGGUGCAAACUGCAAAAUGGAAGGAAAAUGUACAACUAUACAAGACGCGUAAUCGCCGUGACGAAACUUGUAAUGGGGGUGAAAGCCAGUUUGUUCGGCUUCCAUCGCUAUUAGCAAGUGCGUCCUUGUCGAGAUGAGAUGAACUGAUCAAACUCCUUUUUAACUUUUCUUUCCUUUCGGUUCUGCGUGUAAAUGCCGUACAGUGAAAGAUAUGGCUCCUUUUUUGUGGCUCUUUGCUGGUUGAAUCUUGGAGUUAGAUUUUUGGAGGAUAUGCUUUUGCAUCAAUAUUCAUCUCUAAGCUGUUGGUGCAACAGAGAAGCUAGCUUGCUAGCAAGUAGGUUAUUUAUCUUUUGCUGCUUGCAGAUCGAUAUGAAUUCAUGCUUGAUCCUGAUUUUUUUUAGAAACUUUUUUUCUUGUAGAUCUUAUACUAUACAUUACUAAUAACUUAUCAAGCUAUCAA